UCAUGCGCAGAGUAUCGUAAACGCCAAGCGCAAGUUGAAAUAAUGCUGGACACGGCUAGUCGCCCAAGUGCGUCAAGUGAAACAACGGACACUAACGAAGAAACUACCGAUAAAAUGAAGAUGGCGGAUGGUUCAGUUAUUUUGAGGAGAAACAGACCAGGAACGAAGGCAAAGGAUUUCUGUAGAUGGCCAGAUGAGCCCUUUGAAGAGAUGGACAGUACUCUGGCUGUGCAACAAUACAUUCAACAAAUGAUUCGACGGGAUCCAACUAACAUAGACUUAAUCCUGAGUAUGCCAGAGGCACAAGACGAGGGUGUGUGGAAAUACGAGCACCUGAGACAAUUCUGUAUGGAAUUGAAUGGUUUAGCUGUUAGACUUCAAGAGGACUGUGAUCCACUAUCUUGCACACAAAUGACUGCCACUGAGCAGUGGAUAUUCUUGUGUGCUGCACAUAAAACCCCCAAAGAGUGUCCAGCAAUCGAUUACACGCGGCAUACCCUGGAUGGUGCUGCCUGUUUGUUAAACAGUAAUAAAUAUUUUCCAAGUAGAGUCAGUAUCAAGGAAUCAUCUGUUGCUAAACUUGGCUCAGUCUGUCGUAGAGUUUAUCGAAUUUUCUCACACGCUUACUUUCACCAUUUGACGAUAUUCGAUCCCUUUGAGCAUGAGACGUAUCUUUGUCGAAGGUUUACAGCAUUUGUAACAAAGUACAAACUGAUGUCUAAAGACAAUUUGAUAGUACCAAUAUCGAAAGACGACAGUGCAACAGAGAGUGAAGCAUAAAUCAACAGAUGAAAAGCAAAAGAGUCAUUCAAUUUUACAAUGAAAAAUUUACUUUGAAAGGUGGAAUUUUUCUUUUUCGACAUAAAUUCUUCACAAAAAAUUUACUUCAUCUGGUGGAGAAAAAACAAAAAAAGACUAACGAUCACAGAAGAUUAAAAAAUGAUUUGAACAACAUUGUUGUCAACGAGUUUUUCAACUUAGAAAAAUCGCAAUUUCUUACAAUUUUCAGUUGAGAGAUUCACCACACGUGAGAAAAUAUUGAUUAGCUUCUCUUUUGUAUUUUUUCUAUGCUGUAAUUGCAAAAACAAUGAAUUAUUUCUUAUUUUGAGCUAAGAUGAUUGGGAUUCAUACAAGAUGAUUCUUUUUGAUUAAAGAUUGGACGAUUAAUUAUUGCCAUUAUGAUAAAAUUUCCAUGAAAAAUGAAAUAAAAUUUUUCAAGUAUAAUUAUUUAGCCCAUUAGGAAUAAAUGUUGUAAUACACUAAUAUUUAUACAGUAUUUAUGAAAUCUUGGAGAACGAAAAAGUGUUAGACUAAAAAAACCUAGGCAUUCUCUCCCCCGUUCCCGUCCCCCACCUUUUGACAAUUUAGAAGUUGCCGAUUGCCAGAUACAGUUUUUUAAGACAAAUGGAGAAAUUUCAAAUAACCUUACUACCCAAAAAAUAUGAUAAUUACCCUGAUAUUGAAAUAUAUGAAAAGUCUAAGUGUACCACCUUUCAUUCAAUCUGGAUAGGAGAAAAAGAUAUUUUAUAAUUUCAAAUCUCAUUUUCAUAAAUGUCAAAUGAAAUUCUUAUUGACAAAAAUUAGUGGAUAGAAAUCCUAAAAAUGAUGAAAAUGAACCUGAAAUGAAGAAAGAGAAUCGUUUUUUCACAAUUUUUUGUACAAUACUAGAAAGACCAUUCUAUUCAUCAUAAUAAAAUGACAAAUUCAAUCAUCACUGCCAUUUUGACGUGCACCAAAAUUUAUUUUUUCUUGGAGAAAUGACAGCCAACAAAAUGAACAUAAUUCCAUCAUAAUUUCAACUGUAAAUAGGAAUUGUAAAUAAACAAGAUAUAAAAAGAUAA